CUAUUUUUCUACCACGGAAUUUAUCCUUUACCGUCUUUGAUCCCACAACAAUUAAUUUUCAUAACUUCCGGAAAGCGGUCAAAAUGAAUUUAGAACUUUUAGAAUCUUUUGGACAGAACUAUCCAGAGGAAUUUGAUGGAGCAUUAGAUUGUGUUAGUAUAGCUAUAACAUGUGCAUUCAAUAGACAUGGGACAUUAUUAGCAGUCGGUUGUAAUGAUGGACGUAUUGUUGUGUGGGAUUUCCUUACAAGAGGGAUUGCUAAAAUCAUCAGUGCUCAUGUACAUCCAGUGUGUACUUUGUGUUGGAGCAGAGAUGGACAUAAAUUACUGAGUGCAGCGACAGAUAAUACAGUAUCAGUAUGGGAUGUAGUGGAGGGGGAGUGUGAUAAAACAUACAGAUUUCCCUCCCCUAUCCUUAAAGUACAAUUCCAUCCUAGAUACAGAACACAGUUUUUAGUAUGUCCAAUGAAACAUCCUGCAGUUAAAAUGGAGAUUGAUGGAAAACACUCAGUUAUUCCCCUUGAUGAUGAUUCAGAUUUAAACAUCGUUGCAUCAUAUGACAGACGAGGGACAAACAUUUAUACAGGAAAUGCUAAAGGAAGGAUCCUUGUAUUUUCUGAAUCAGAUUUAAAGUUACUAGCAUCAUUCAGGGUAACCACAGGAACAUUAAAUACAACAGCAAUUAAAUCUAUAGAAUUUGCAAGGAGGGGGAGCUGUUUCCUGGUAAAUUCAGCCGACAGAAUAAUCCGUGUAUAUGAAUGUGGUGAAGUAUUGGCUUGUGGUAAAGAUGGGGAACCAGAACCUGUACAGAAACUACAAGAUCUCGUUAACAAAACAUUAUGGAAGAAAUGUUGUUUUUCUGGAGAUGGAGAGUACAUUGUAGCAGGAUCAGCCAGACAACAUUCUCUGUAUAUGUGGGAAAAAAGUGUGGGAAACUUAGUCAAGAUAUUACAUGGAACGAAGGGAGAAUUGUUACUGGAUGUUGUGUGGCAUCCUGUAAGACCUAUCAUAGCCUCCAUAUCUAGUGGUCUUGUAUCUAUAUGGGCUCAGAAUCAAGUGGAAAAUUGGAGUGCAUUUGCACCAGAUUUUAAAGAAUUAGAUGAAAAUGUAGAAUAUGAAGAAAGAGAAUCAGAAUUUGAUAUUGAAGAUGAAGACAAAGAAAAAGAAGAAACAAAAGGUCCCUAUGAUGAGGAUAUAGAGGUUGAUGUAACAGCUAUAGAACCUAUACAGGCUUUUGUCAGCAGUGAUGAAGACGAUGAGGAUGAUGAUGCCUUGUUAUAUUUACAAGUAACACCAGAGAUAGAUGAACCAGAGGAAGGUUGGCCAUCUACCACAGAUAAUAAUGCACCUGAAGAUCAAAGUCAGAAUGAGAAAAAAAGAGGCCAUAGUCAAUCAAGUAAUGCUCCAUCACCGAAAAAGAAAAGAACCAAAAGUCAGGAGAUAUCUAUAAAUCUACCUAAUGCUCCUUCAGAAGAAAUUCAUCCAUUGCUAAAUGUUAAGAAACCAACAGACAAAAACCAGCAGAAGAAAGUGAGUCGAACAAACAAAGGAAAACCAUCAAAGUCUGAGAAAUCAAAACACAAAUACAGAUCAGAUGAGAUAUGAAUGGUCAGUGCUUUUAAUGCGAUGUUGGGAAAGUUCUUUGACAUUUGACAGAAUGUUAGUCAGUGAUGCAGUUCCAAGACAAAACCUGUAUGAGCUAGAUAUGCUCAGAUAUUAAUUAAAACUAAGCAAUGCUUAUGGGCAUGGAUAACAACUAGAUCGUCCCCAUAUUUAUUAUGUAAAUAAAUAGAAUGAAAAACUGUGACAA